AUUUCCAGUAUUUUAAUCUUUUAAUUUUGUUUUCCUUAAACAUUUAAUUAGUUUUUAUUAAAAUGUUUAAGCAACGACAAGUAUUUUUAGCAUUAUUGGCUGUAGUUGCUGUAAAUGCAAUGGGCUUCAGUUUACAGUACAAGGGAAAUAUGAGACAUCCAGAACUCCCUAACCAUUGCUAUUUUACCGAACAUGACCUCACCAUACCCAUCAAUGAGACUGUUUACCCUACAAAUCUAAAGUAUACUUGUGUUAAAGUGUUAUGCCGCGAAGAUUUUGUGCUGGAAAUUAGACAUUGCCAAAACCUAGACCCCCAUCACAUUUGCCAACAUACAGCCUAUGAUUACACUAAACCCUAUCCAGACUGCUGUCCCAUUGUCACUUGUGAGGAUAGAGUAUAUCGCAGUGAAAAUUACUAGAAAAAUCUAAAAAAAUAUUUAAAACAAAAUGCAGCUAAAAAUAAUGAAAGUUUUUUUUUGGUUUCUUUAUAGCGUUUUAUUUUAAUUUAAACGAUUUAAACACUUUUAACUUUUAUAAACUUUUACCGUUUGUUUACUUUGACGCCGGCACAUAAACCGGCUUUUAUAUCUCCCUACUUUUCUGAGACUUUUAUGCUAAUUUUUUUUAAGAAAUUCAAAUAAAAAUUUUGGAAAAAAAACGUUUCCAACAAGCGUGUAUAGCAUUAAAUUGUAAAACCAAAAUAAAA